UUUGCAACCGCAGUUCGGCGUCUCUAACGUUUUCGAUAUAGUGUUUACACAUAAAUGUUAUCGUGAUGACGUCACAGAAUAGUCUACCGUCUACGAGUAGUUAGUACUGAAUCGGAAACUUAAGCGAAAUAGUGUUAGUAAAUUUUAUGGUGAUUAUUCAAAGGACGUGUAUCAUUAAUUAUAGGAAAAAAUCUGUUUAUUCCCAAUGAGAAUGUGUCUGUGUCACUGAUAAUGUCAAGUGGUGUUUUCUUGGUUUCUGUAAACGGACAAAUUGAAUCUGCAACUAUCCCAGAUGUAGAUGAUUUGUAUUGUAAACAUUGUUUUACUUUUGGACCCGAUUGGGUUGUAACAUCGGGAACUGAAGAAGGUAUUUCACAGUUAUCAAAACGAAGCAACGAUGAAAGACAAACAUGUAUCUGGAAUUUUCCUCUAGAAAUUACUUUUAAAAGCACGAAUCCAUUUGGCUGGCCACAAUUAGUUAUUAGUGUUUAUGGACUUGACCUGUUUGGAAAUGAUAUUGUGAGAGGGUAUGGUCUUUGCCAUCUACCUAUAGCUCCAGGACAUUACAAGAAAGUUGUGCCAUUGUUCAUUCCAGAAUCAGCAUCACUUCUGCAGAAAUUUACAUGUUGGCUGACUGGAAGGCGACCUGAGUAUGUUGACCCCAGAGUGCUUGCCCAAGGUGAAGGUCGAGAAGUGACCCAUGUUCAGUCUCGAGGGAAUGUCCAGAUCGAGUUUAGUGUGAUGAUGCACAACUUCUCUGCAUCUGGGUAUUCAAAUCAUGUAAAUGUACACCAGUAGAAGAAAUUUAAUUUAUUAUUGUAAAUAUAUAAUUUUGUUUUUAAUAAACAGACUUGAGAAAAUAAA